UGACCGGAAGACGCCUGAAUUUAUCACUUUGCCAAGCAUUGCUCUUGAAAAUUUAAUUAGUGACAUAUCAUUGGGGCUGAGCUUAAGUGAUCGCCAAUGGAAUCAUCGACAGAUGUAUAUGAACGCGAAUCCGAGAAUAUUCGAAGGAAAGUCAAAGCCUCGUUAG